AUGGGCGGACGAGUCUCUGUGCCUCGCGGACCCGACGGCCUUAGUGAGGGCUCGCGCCCGACGCGACCGCCGCGCGGCGGAAUCCCCUUCAAUGCCCGAACAUUCAUGGCGCCCAUGGCCGCCUUCACCAUGGCCGGAUUGCUUUUCGUCUACACGCGCACCUCGAUCCGCGCCGCCAAGCUCAAUGCUCAGAAGCACCGCGAAGCCGAUGGCGGCCAGAUCAGCUGGCAGAACGAAUCGCGCCGGCGGCAUCAUCAGGCCGAGCAGGUUGGUGAGACCAGUGCCGUGUUGAAGGAGGCCUUCUUCGGCAGCGGCACGGCCAAGGACAUCGGCAGUAAAGAGUCUAGUGUUGACGCAAGCGCGGAUGACAGGGAGAGAGAGGCGCUGGAAAGGCUUGAGAGAGCCAAGGCCGGUAGGAGAGGGUAAGGGAGUAUGAGAGACCCAAAAGUCCGCAGUGUAGGGAAUUGGCGUUUCUGGGAAAUGCUUUGGACGAAAGCUCUCAUGCGCCACGCGCCAGUGCUGAGCGUCGCACAUUAUUUUUUCAAAGGUUCAGUGACUGGUUUCUGAUACCGAUGUGCCUUGCUCGAAAAACCAAUCUAUCAUUUAUCUAGUCUAGGUACUUCUCUUCGUGACGCGUGAAUGUUGGCGUUGAC